AUGACUUCGCAGGAGACGCUCCGGGGCUCCGGUACCUCGCCCGCUGCGGAUGUUAAAAGCCGUAGUGCCAGCCCCUCUCCUCAUGUCCAUCAUCCUCAAUACCACGAUCCCACUGCUGGGCUGAGCCUCGAUCCCUCCGUGGCUGCUGGCGCCUUUUCCAAUCCUUCCUUCAACAACCAUUCUAGCCCCGGCGCUACUGGAACCGAUUCCUACGGCUACGCGGCCGGCUAUCUCUCUACCAACCCGGUGUCGCCUUCGUCGCAGACCCUGUCCCCGACCGAUCAGAGCUUCUCUCACGGCGUCAAUCUUGCUCAGCCCUUUGAUACUAGCUUUGUCAAUCACCUCGAGCCGUCGCAUGGGGUGCCCUUGCAGCCCGAGGAGAACUUUUCCAACCUCUUGAACUCUAACCCUUCUGAUUUUGAGUUCUCCGUCUAUCAGAACCAGAGUCCCAACAGUACCACCGCGCCCGAGUACGACUCUUCGCUGCUGUUGGACCCUCAGGUCCACAACCAGUCGCGAUCUGUUAACCCGACUGAUUUGGUGGGCCAGAUUCCGUCGCCCCAUGCUUCAGCCUCUCCUCAGAUUUCCCCACAAGAGCAACAACACUCACCUGGCCCCAUGUCUCCUCCCGGUUCUGUCCAAGGGGCUUACUAUACCCCCCAGCACUCGCGCCAUACAUCCUUGGACCCAUCUACCGCAAAUUAUUUGUCCGGUCAUGACUGGCAGUCGAUGAUGAGCAGUUCCGCCUUCCAAGGUCAUCGUCGGGCGCCGUCAGAAGUGUCCGAGGUCUCGUCUGUCUGCCAUUCCCCAUACAUGUCCCAGCAUGAGUCCUUUGAUGGCCCGGACAACAGCCCUUCGCCUCUUCUGGCACCGCAGAAUGACCCCGGUCUCUACGACAAUGCCUUGGGAAUCGAGUCCUUCACUCUUUCUGAGCACCACCAACCGCACCCACAGCACCAGCACCAGCAACAGCAGGCAUUGAGUCCUGCCCACAGUCCAUACAUCUCUCCGCGGCUCAUGCCUCAGCAAGGACCGGAUAUGAUCCCCAAUGUGCCUUUUAUCUCGGCUCCAGCCCCGAGUACACCAUACCCUACCCCUCCAACUGAUAUGUACGGCAAUGGUGCAGAGAGUAUGCAGCCGUCACAAUUCCAGCCCGACAUUGGACAGGCGUCUCAGAUGGCCCCUCCAUCCAUCAAUGUUGAGUUUGCACCCCCAGCCAGAAACCCUGGUUUCCCUCAGAAGCCGGCCGCGGACUUUGAUUCCUUGAGUCCUCCAUCGAGAUCCCGCAUGCGUAGCAAGUCUGAUCCUUUUGCUCAUCCUGCUUCGCGGUCUCGUUCGCCUGUUUCUACGACCAGCUUGGAGCCUCUGGCCCCAACCUCGCCGCGCUCAUUGUCGCCCUUUGAUUCUAUUGGACGGCCAUCGCACAGUAACCCCGGAUCUCGUGAACCGUCACCCUCGAGAUCCCGCCGACUCUCUACCUCGUCCAUUGACACGCGUAACUACAUCCUCGACCUGGCUGACCCUCAGCGACCUGGGGCUGUCACCACUGACGCCAAGCGGGUUCAGAAGCACCCGGCAACAUUCCAGUGUCAUCUCUGCCCCAAGCGCUUUACCCGUGCCUACAACUUGCGGUCUCACCUUCGGACUCAUACCGACGAAAGACCGUUUGUCUGCACUGUCUGUGGAAAAGCCUUUGCCCGUCAGCAUGAUCGUAAGCGUCAUGAGGGCCUGCAUUCCGGAGAGAAAAAGUUUGUCUGUCGCGGAGACCUGUCCCAUGGAGCACAAUGGGGUUGUGGUCGCCGAUUCGCUCGUGCAGAUGCUCUCGGCCGUCAUUUCAGAUCGGAAGCUGGUCGAAUCUGCAUCAAGCCUUUGCUGGAUGAGGAAUCUCAAGAGCGCGACCGUGUUCUUAUGAGUCACCAGCAGCAACCACAACAUGCCCACUUGCAGCCGGUUCCGCAGCCACUUAUGGUUCCUGGCAUGGAUGGUCAGCACGCGGGCAAUUUUGUUCUCCCCGCGGCGUUGCUUGCGCAAUACCCAGCUCUCCAAACGUUGCAGUGGGAUCAAAUACCCGCAAACGCAGAUGAGCCCAGCGAUAUUGGAGGUCGCAGCAGCUUUGAUGCCAGCUCCGGCGGCGAGUUUGGCUUCGAUGAUGAUGAGUCUGGUAUCAGCAGUGUCUCUGGGAUAAGCAGUGGAUAUGGCAGCAACCAGGGCAAUAUGUACGGACAAAACCAGAUGUUGGGUGUUAGUCCUGGUGAUUCCGGCUAUCCCUGA